AGCGCAUGACGCGACGACCGGAUGAGAACCGCAUCAUCGACGUCCGAAUCGCACUCGGUGUGAACUGGAGUGUUCGCGAGAACUUCGUCCGUCCAGCAAAGCAGUCCUUCGUACGUCUCGUCCGAUUCGGGUACAUCAACGACCACCAGAGUGGAUGCAUUGUAACCCACUCAGUCCAGCACUCUCAGCACGACGACCAGGCAACCCACAGAAAGAGCGAGGAGCAUGCAGCAUGCCUCGAAAAGGUAUAUCUGGAGUUAUCGGACACCGUGCCGGUUUUCCGGCGCUGGACCCACACCUACUUGUUGGUCGACGCGAGCAGGACUGUUCCUCCCCUGUGCCCUCCUGUUUUCGCAAAUCUGCGAUUAGAUUCACCAGCUACCCCAAGAAGCAACAGAGGACCAACGGACUCGAUGCUGUGUGCCGGGGCUGGUCCUGCAUGCAUGUUAGUUACCUCAAAUGGGCCCGUCCAUUCUCUGAGGCCAGCGCGGAAAACGUUUCGCAUACGCAAACACCAAAUGCUGUGUUGAGACGGUCCUUAGCUGUGGCCUCUAUACAAUUCUCAACCUUACCGGAAUCCGUCCGACCGUUCUCGCGUGGAAAAUCGACCAGCCAUGAUUACCGGUACAUCUGCAAGCGUACUCCUUGGUCGUCGCGCAUCGCCCGCUGCUCAGGCCAGCCAAGUCCUGCGGUCAGUUUAAAAGGCGGAGCACGAGAGAUGGUAGGCCCCCAUCUCUGUUUCCCUCCCCCGAGGAAAGCAGGGACCACUCGAGCCCCCUCGUCCUUAACCGGUUGAAAGGGACUCGAGACCCAUGCUCCACCACGCGAAGCA